AAUGACAUAACAAAGUAACCUAAAAAGCUCAUUAGGUAUUUUAUUGAGUGUGAAUUGAAAUUUAAUAUAUAUGUUAAAAGUAUUUGUUAAAAGGUCAUUUCAAUAAAGUUGAAAUCAUAUUCAUGAUCUAAAUUUUAUAAAUACAUUAAAAUGUCGUCUCUCUUACGAUCAACCAAAUUUGUCCGAUACUUUACUGGUGCCGCAAGAACAUUGAUAAUAAAUUCGUCUAAAACUACAGAUGUUAAUUUACUAAUAAAUUCAAAGGCUCUAAAUGCAGCAAAUAAUGUAUUAUUACGAGACUAUGCUACAAAGAAGAAAGAAAGUCUUGAGCCUUUGCUUCAAAAAUUAGAUUCAGAAGUUAGGCGGUAUGGACGAAUUACAAAGAGGGAUAUUGAUGAAGUAUUUGAUGAGCUCAGAGCGAAGAAUGAUAUUACCAGCUCACAGUCACUUUUGGUUAUUAGAUGUUGUGGAGAACUUGUACCUGAGGAAUUACCGGAACAAAGGACACUACUAGUGCAGAAAAUAUGGAAUGUAUUAACAGAGAGAGGUGUGCCUAUGGAUGUGUCACAUUACAAUGCAUUGUUACGAGUCUAUCUUGAAAAUGAACAUCCUUUCUCUCCUGCACAAUUCCUGGAAGAAAUUGAAAAAAAAGGAUUGCAGCCGAAUAGAGUCACAUAUCAGCGUCUAAUGUGGCGCUAUUGUCAAGAGGGUGAUGUUGAAGGUGCAACCAAAGUACUUGAAAAAAUGCGAGAAUUAAAUAUGCCAGUAUCUGAACCUGUUUUAAAUGCAUUAGUCAUGGGUCAUGCUUUCCAUGGUGAUACAGAAGGAGCAAAAGCGGUAAUUGAAACAUUAGUAGGAGCUGGUCUGAAGCCUUCUAAUCGUACAUAUGCUUUGUUAGCAUGUGGCUAUGCAAAAGAAGGUGAUAUCGCAGGUGUUGAGAAUGUUAUCACAAAAGCUAAAGAGGAUGAUUUUGAUUUAACUGAUAAAGAUUUACUGGAUAUUGUGGAACAAUUAGCUCUUGGUGGUCACGGAGAUAAGAUAAAUCAGAUCUUUCCACACCUACAUAAAGGUAUAGGAUACAAUCAGGAAGUGUGCAAUCUUAUUUUUAGGCUGCUUAAUAAAGAUCAGGAACAAGUAGCAAAGGAUAUGAUGAAAACAAUGCCGAAAACAACAACAGUAGACGAUACUAAGUUUAAAGGAGCAUUCUUUGUGAAACAUUUGAUGAAAUUAAAUAAACCUGCGGAUGCAAUAAUUAAAUCAUGCAGAGAUUUGCAAAGUGAGGGUCUCAUACCAAGCGCCAUAUAUAUAGCUACUGAAACAGCUUUACAUCAAGGACGUACAGAGUUAGCUCAAAAACUUUUUAAAGAACUUCAAAAAGAUGGCAUGGAAAUUCGUCAACAUUUUUACUGGCCACUUUUGACACAGAAAGGAAAAGAACGAGAUGAAGAAGGUCUCUUACAAAUUGUGCGUAAUAUGACCAAUGAAGGACUAGUGCCUUCUGGAGAAGCACUAAGAGAUUAUAUCAUACCAUUCCUUAUUGAAAAAGAUACACCUCAGAAUAUUAUAGUAAAACUUCAAGUUGCAAAUGUACCAGUUAUUCUUAGCGCAAGAAAUGUUAUGAUAGAACUCCUGGAAUCUGGAGAUAUCGAGUCGUCGGUUGAAAUAGCUCUCACUUAUCGCCCCAGAGGCCAGUACUCGUUAAUUUCAAGACCAUUAUUGAAUGCAUUAAAUAAAACCAAGGACAUAAAAUCUUUUGUAAAUAUACUUCAUGUUACCAGUAGCAGUCCCCAAGCUCCCCAAGAAGAUAUUACAAACGACGACGUACAAGGCGAUGACAACGUCGACUGCAAUGAAAUCGGUCGCAUAAUAAAAAAUGCAGUUAAAAUUGUGGCAAAGGAUAAUUUAACGGAAGAACUUUUGUCAACAGUUUUGAGUAAAGGUUUGAGGAUAAGUACAACAUCUGCAGAAGAAAUAGUACAGUACCUCGGAAAAAAUAUGACAACCAAAAUAUCAGAACUACUUUCGCAACUAACAGCGCCCGAUUUAGAAAUGGCACCUGUUGAAUUUUCCACUCGUCGCAAUCAAACUCCACGUACUGCUGCACAAUUAGAAACACUCUUAGAACAAGUUAUAAACAAAGAUGGAAAUAACAUCAAUCGCUUAAGAAAACAAGUGCUAGUGGCAUAUAUGAAAGAAAAAAAUAUUGACAAAGUAAAUAGUAUGGUAGAAGAGCUUAAAUCUCUUCCAGACUUUGACUUGAACUUAUCAACACUAGCACAAUUAUUUGAAUUUUACUGCGAAAAUGAUGAAAUUGAUAAAGCUCUACAAGUGAAGGCUCAAAUUGCUGCCAAAGAUCCAGAAUUUGUUUUAAAUAAAUAUAAAAAAGUUUUAAUGGCUACUGCUUAUAUUCGUGCAAAUAGAUAUGAAGAAGGUGUUCAAUUUUUGAGGGAUAAUAAAAUAUCAGGUGAAACUGAGACUUCAAACUUUCUAAUUAAUUCUAAAUCCUGGCAAAUGUUGAACACUUUGGCUGAAUUAAAAGAUGCAGCAAAGGUGAAGGAGAUGACGAAAGUAUUAAUAGAAAAUGAAUAUAUUGUACCCAAUAAUAUUGUUCUUGGAUCAUCAAUAAAAGUACAUAUAUUAAACAAUGAUAUAGAAGGAGCAUUGAAUGAGUUCGAAAAUUGUUGUAAGCAAUACAGAAGUACCCCAUGGAAAGGUGAAUUAAUGAAAGCUCUUAUUAUGAAAGAAGAUGCAACUAAAUUGCAGUGGCUUGCUGACCUAAGUACACAGAUACAUGGAGAAGUGAACAUUCUCCAUGACUUAGUACUAGCUUUCGUUGAAUGUGGACGCUUACGUCAGGCACGGCGCAUUUUAGAAACGCCGGGACUGCAGACAAGACAAAAGCGCCUUAAUGACGCAUGCCAGCGAUAUGUUGAGGAUGGUAAAUCUGAAUAUCUUGAAGGAUUAUUGGAAGCGACGAAAGAGCUUUCCCACAUUGAUCGCUCAAAUAUCUUCUAUCAUUUACUGGUAACAUAUUGCAAAGCCGAUGAAACUGACAAAGCAUUGGGUCUUUGGACAGUACUUCAGGAAGAAGGAGAAAUUCCAAGUGACGAAUUUCUAAUCCGCCUUGGUAACCACCUGAAAUCUAAAAAUAGAGACAUUCCAUUCAUAGUGCCUGAUACAGGUGUGCACGCCGAACCAAAAAAAAAGCAAACUACCACACAUAACUCCUCUCAAAAAAUCCAGAAAGAACAAGUUAAGUUAACGAAGAAUGAAAUCUCAGAUCAAAUUGAAACUUUAACUAAAGAUGGAAAGACCGCACAAGCUAUGGAUCUUACUCUUAAUUAUUUAAAGGAAGGUGUUAUGCCAAAGGCGAAUGUACUUAAGUUUCUCUUGAAAUCUUUAGCAGAAGAAGGUGAUGUUGAGAAGAUAAAGCCUUUGGGUUCACAUCUAAAUGAGACUAUGAAGCGGAAUGUGACAUAUAAUGAUAAAUUAACACUAGCUACCUUUAGAAGUGGAAAUGGAUCCAAUCAUAUGGAUAAUAUAUUGAAUAUGAUAGAACAAGCUACCACUAAGGAGGAAAUUGAAGAUGCUCUUAAAAAAUUCCCUCGGAGUACUGCCCUAGCUUCAGCUGUACAGGACAGUGAAGUAGUUGCUAAGUGUCAUAGUAUUGUAGAACUGGCUGCUUCCAAAGGCUAUACUUUACCUGCAAACUUAUUAUGGAUAGAAUAUUUAUUAGCUGGAAAGGAUAAAGAAGCUGAAGAAUUAUGGCAUAAGCAUUUGAUCAACGCAAACAUCAUAGUAUUCAGGCGAUUACUUCAAGAAAGCCACUUGAGAAAACAGCCACAAGUUAUAGAGAGAAUGAUUGAAAUGUUGAGAACAAAUAAAGGACUUUCCUUGUCAUCUGCUGGCAAUGCAUACUCCAGACUGAUUAAUUUCUAUAUAGUUGAAAAUAAUAUUGAUAAUGCAAAAGCAGCUUUAAGUAGAGCUAUCGAAUAUGGUAUUACAAGUGAACAUCUUAAUCAAUCGACUAUUAAAAAAUUAAAGGAACAUAUGGAAGCUGCUGGACAAACAUUUAACUUUUCAAUAUAGGUUCUUUGAUUAUUUUGGAUAGGAAUUUUAGUAUAUAAAAAAUAAGAAAAGUUUCUAACACUCUUAAAUUAAAUAAGUAAAAUAUGUCUACUCUUUUUAAAUACAUUUGUGUUAUAUAACAGCCAAAAAUAUUGUUGUUCAUUAAUAGUUAUUUUACAUUAUCAUAAUAGGCCAUAAACUAAAGUUAUAACAUAACUAUAACAACUGUUUAUAUAAAAUGAAUAAAUGCCAAGUGAAUAAAAUUUUAAUUUAAUAUGAUAAGAUUCCUUGUACACUGCGUAUUC